GAGAGGGAGAAGGGGACAGAUUGCUAGCCAGCUAGCUUGGAUUCUAACGAUUAUAGAAACGUGGAUAUGUUGCACAGGGGCGGCUUUAUUUCAUAAACCCCAUAUUGGAUACCUGUUUUUCGCGAAGAGGCCUGGACCGGUCGUUUUUAACUUAACAAUCUGACAUUUUUGCUUUGAUUGUAGCUAACCAUCGCGCGGUGUAGCCACCACAUUACAGCAGCGCCAGCCGGAGUCCGUCUCCUAAACAAGAAUGGGGUCUAGGUCCACAGCACUGCUUAGGUAAAGUGACCUUUGGUUGUGUUCUAUAAAUGGCCAAUUUGAUGAAUUUCCAAGAAAACAAAGCUGCUAUGUUGUUGGUGGAGACGCAACAGAGGGGCAUCGGGACGACACCAGCGGCUACGGCAGCCAACGGCUACACCUCAAUUGGGGAACCCCCUUCCCCGUUAUUGAAUAUCUGCGGUGGCAGUGGAGCUCGUUUUCAUCAGCACAUGCCGCCCUCCAACCACCACAGCCACCAUCACUACCCCCAGAGCUCGCUGCCCAAAGAACAACGCCCGCUGUUGCACCACUAUCCGGCGGCGACACAGCAACAGCAGCAUACUCUCUCUGGUGAAAACAUCCCAGGGUCCCCGGUAAGGAAAGCCUCGUUGUCGUCUUUGAACCUGGUACAUGAGGACCCCUCUGCUAGCCACCACGCACUCGCUGCAUCGGUGAACGCGGCGUCGGCUGCAAUUCAAUUGGCUGCGAAUGCUAACGUUAGCGUCGCUACCUCAGGGGUCAUGGACGACAUUCGGAAGUGUGGCUACCUACGGAAACAGAAGCAUGGACACAAGAGGUUUUUCGUUCUGAGGGUGGCGAGCCACCUAGGCCUCAGCCGGCUGGAGUACUAUGACAGCGAUAAAAAAUUCCGCAGUAGUCUGCGGUCUUCAGCAGCAGCCCCGAAACGGGUGAUCUAUCUGUAUCAGUGCUUCACCGUCAACAAAAGAGCGGAUUCCAAGAACAAACACCUCAUAGCCCUCUACACUAAGGAUGAGUACUUUGCCAUUGUGGCUGAAAACGAGCAGGAGCAAGAGGACUGGUAUGUAGCCCUGAGUGAACUAAUGAGUGAGGGGAAAAAGGGGCAUCUAGACUCUGACGAGUUGGAUGAUGGCUAUGGUACAGUCACACCAGGUACGGUUUUCAAAGAGGUGUGGCAGGUGAAUGUGAAACCCAAAGGUCUGGGUCAGACCAAGAACCUCACAGGUGUGUAUCGUUUAUGCCUCUCUUCUAAAACUAUCCAUCUGGUCAAACUAAACUCUGAGACACCGUAUGUCAACCUCCAGCUAAUGAACAUCAGACGAUGUGGACACUCAGAAAGCUUCUUCUUCAUUGAGGUGGGUCGGUCAUCCUCCAUAGGACCAGGGGAGAUAUGGAUGCAGGUAGAUGACUCUGUCGUGGCUCAGAACAUGCACGAGACCAUCUUAGAGACCAUGAAGGCUCUGAAGGCCUUCGCAGAGAUCCGCCCUAGGAGUAAAAGCCAAUCAUCCGGCUCCAACCCCAUGGCGUUCAUCACCACCCGCCGUCACCUAGGCAACCUGCCACCGAGCCAGACUGGUCUCCAGCGCCGCUCCCGGACCGAGUCGGCAGUCGGUACGCCACCAUCGAGUAAGAGCUCCGGUGCCAGUGGCUACCGCUUCAGGACGUCAAGUGAAGGUGAAGGGACGAUGAACCGGCCAUUCCGGUCUGUUACCGGCAGCCUGAUCCACCUGAACACCGCCCGGAUACACCUAGGACGCCAGGAGGGAGGGGGAGGGGCAGGGACCACCGGGGGAGGAGGGCGCUACGCCAGGGCGCUACCGGGCUCCAACUGCCACACCCGCUCUGCCUCGCUCCCCGUCUCCCACUUCUCCUCCACCACCUCCCCCGUUAGUGUGUCCAGCAGCAGCGGUCAUGGCUCAGUCUCUGACACCCUCACCCGGCCCUCCAGUUCGUCCAUAUGCGGCUCCCCCUCUGACGGAGGCUUCAACUCCUCAGACGAGUACGGCUCAAGCCCCGGAGACUUUCGCUACUUCCGAGUCCGUAGCAACACACCCGAUUCGCUGGGCAACACCCCACCAAUCAGAGAAGAGAACUGCCUGAGUGACUACAUGGCCAUGGGCUGGCACCGCGAGGUGUUUGGAGCGGGCGGCGUGAGUAGCUCCGGCGGUGCCGAGGCCCCCCUCCGGGACGAGAGCACGUCGACGGACGAAGACCGGUCUCUGAGGCGGCGGACACACUCGAUCACGCGGCCCGGGUGUCAGGGUGGUGUUGCCGGCGGUAGCAGCUGCGUGGCUGUGUACCAGAAGAUGACCCAGACCACCUUCUCACAGGACGAGUUGGUGUCUGUGGAAGAGGCUCUGUCUCUGGGCCGCACCGGCAGCAACAAACAACCUUCCUCCACCUCGUCCUCCCUCCGCUCCGACUACAGCUCCUGCUCCGAGCACAGCCAGGGCAGACCUCCUCCUCUUUCCUCCUAUCCCUCCUCCUCGGCCAAGGAGGACAGUGGCUAUAUGCCCAUGUUGUGCGGGGUGGCAGCCUCACCCCGUGACACCCCGGAUUACAUGCCUAUGCAACCGAGCUCACACUCUCAUCCCCAUCACCAGUCUCUCUCACACCCUCCCCAUCCCCAGCCCUCCCACUCUCCCCAGGCCUCUAGUCCAGCCCACCAGCUCCAACCCCACCAGCCAACGGACCCACAGGGCUACAUGAUGAUGCUACCAGGGGGACCGAGCUCCUCUUCUCCAGUCCAGGCCUCCCCAAGUCCCCACAGCAGUAGCAGUAACAUGAGUCUGGGUGUCGGUAGUUCUGGUAGUAUAGUGGAGCGGCCUGAGACUGGAGAGUACAUGGACAUGUCGUACAGCAGUGGAAGAGGAGGGAACGCGACAGGAGGACGGAAGCUCUCCAACGAAGGAGGAUACUACACACUAAGCAAUCCUGAAGGUACCCCUAAAUCAUACAGUCCCUACUUCUCCCUGCCUCGCUCCUACAAGGCCCCCGUCGCCAGAGAUGGUGAACAGAGAAAAUGGGAGCAUGAGGAAUACGUGCCUAUGAGCUCCCCGGCUAAACCCAUCUACUCCCAGGUCACUGGCGUUACGACAAAGGGUUUCAGUAGUGGGGGGUCAGACACCCCUCACGCCCACCACCCCCCGCCCUACGGUGCCCACCACCAAGCAGCUCGAGGUGACCGACGAACGACUGCGGUUCGGCCCAACCGCCUCCCCUUGGGCCGCCACAGCUUCCAUGGGUCGCUGAGGGUUAGUGAGCCAGCUGCUGCCGAGGGACCCUCCAGCCCCGGCGAGUACAUCAACAUCGAGUUUGGGGAUCCCUACGGACCCCCCACAUCCUGCCCUCUCUCUGACCAGUACGUCUCACCCUCGAUGGGCUCCGCUGAGCAGCGUCACUCCCCUCCCCAGAACCAGGACUAUAUGAGUGUAGUGGUUGGAGGUGGGUGUGAUGAUGGUUGCCGCCUGACUAAGAACCAGUCCCCCAGACCCUCUCUGGUGGCCCCAUGGAACCCACCCAGCUACAAUCGACCACUGACCGCCAAUUCCUCCCUGAGCGGAGCUCCUGGCUCUUCUGGAGCUCACUGGCGGACGGGAACAGAUGACUACACAGAUAUGACCUUUAACCUUAGCAAUGAUGAGGGGUCGCGGGAGUCACAGAGUAGCCCCACAGCUAUGCUGCAGCACCUGUGUGUGAUGGAGGGCCGGUACCCCCCUACCUUACUCCCCCACACCAUCAGCCCUCCCUCAUCCUUCAGCCCCCAGCCUGAGCCCCCCAAAGUGGUACGUGCUGACCCCCAGGGGCGACGCAGACACAGCUCUGAAACCUUCUCCUCCACCCCCGGAGAAGGCAGAACCACAAGCUCCAGCACCAGCACCAAUCCCCCUCGCUCAGCCAACCCCUCUGCCAUCAACGGAGCUCUCCUGGCCGAGGGCUCCAAGUGGGCCAGCUCUGGCUCCUUUGACAGCGUGUGGAUGUGUGUGGAGGGAAUAGGGGUAGAUUUGGCCGGUUUUCCUGCCCAGCCAGGGCCCUCUGAUCUGGGCAUGGACUCAGCCUCCUCUGGGGGCCCUCCUGGAGGACAUAUGUGCAGAAAUGUGCCUGUGGGAUAUCAGAACGGCCUCAACUACAUUGCCCUGGAGCUGAGAGAGGACCAGGAAUCUAACACACUCCCCAUACCACAGCAGCAGCAGGGGGGAACCGGGCUAACCCCCAAUGCCCCCUCAGCUGGUAAUGUGACUGUGCCGGUAGCGGAGAACAACGGCGCCUAUGCCAGUAUAGACUUCACCAAGUCAGACGGGAUGACUGCCACGUUCACGGAAUGAAGAUGGAUGGAGGGAUCUGAUCUGAGAUGGAGUUUCUGUGGUGUACCCCUCUAGCUAAAUCCCUCCACCGCCACCCUUUGACCUCGACCCCAAGGCUGGCCCUCCGCCACCACCUUUCAGCCUCGACCCCAAGGCUGGCUCACAAGGUCACGCCCCCUUUGAACCACAACACCACGAAGACGGCAGAAGACAGAAGGCGCUCGCAUUUUAGUCUUUAUAUAUAUAUAAUUUUUUCUCUUUUUUUCGUCAGUGGCUGGUUUUGAGGCUGCUCUCUCUCUCGUCGUUAAAGGACUUUAGAUAUAAAAACAUUAUUUCUGAUCUACAGCACAAAAAGGGAGCUUCGCUCAAACAUGGUAUCGCUGUAAGUUAAUAAUAAUAAUAAUAAUAGCCAAAUAAUACAACUCUUAGACUGGGUUGAGACUGGUCAGUAGAGUUUACUCUAUAAAGUAUUACUCUUAUCUUAGAGUUUACUCAUCUUCUCACUGAGAAACUGCUACAUGUAUUUAAAGCCACAUAGUGCAUUUGUUAUCCUGACAUGGUUUAUUUAGUAUUUUUCUAUUAGCAGAAAAGGGUACUGGACUCGACGAUAGUCCCAAUAUUUUCCAUAAAAGACGCAAGUACUUUAUUUCCACUCAAGGGCCUUAUUAGCACAGGUCUGGCUCAGAUGUAUGGAGAUAUAUACACAUACACACUUUCACUUGUCUGUGUUCUUCAGGCCACAGCCAGGGCCGUAACCAAGGUUUUUGUGAGGUCUGGAUUUUUUUUUUUGAGGGGGUGGGCGUUGAAGCUCAUUUACUGCAUUUCUGUACAAUUCAAAAAAAGCUAUUUGUAGAACAGCAAAACAAGCAAAAAUGACCACCGCCAUUAUCACCUUGGCUGCUGAAGGUUCAUUCAUUCACCUCAGUCGAUCUACAAACGUAUAUUAGCUAUACAAUUGUAAUGUUAUAUCCCUGAAAGGGGGGGUGAAAUAGGAGGAAUGUUUCAAAUUGACACACAGCAUCGGCAACUGUUGAGUCAGUUGUAAUGAUGAAUUGAAGAAAAUCACAUUUUUACUUCUCUUUUCUCAAAUUACAUAGCAUUAACGUUUGUAUCCCUAGGCAUUACUAAUCAAGCUCUGCACAAACGCAUCAAAGGAGCACACAGAUCGUAUUAUCACAUGCACAUGAAUUAUUAGAAUAUUAUGAUUCUGUAUCAAUAUCCAGUGAUGUAGUGGUAAAAAAAGUGGGUAAUGGGUAAACCAUAAACUCCAGGGGUAAACAGUUACCAAUAUAAAUUAAAACGUAUGUCAUUUUUAGUGUAUUGUAUUGUUUGCAUUUCGAAUGUAAUGUCGGCCUAGGCCUGUAGGGAAGGUGGGCCAUGUGGAGAUGUUCAUAUUGAAACAUAUAUAUUUUAAGUUCCUAACCUGUUUAAAAGAUUAGUACAGAUUUUCUCAGGGGGGCCCAGACCCAAGUUUGGGAACCACUCCUCUGCUUCCAUUGCAGCCUGCCUCAACCUUAACACUUGAGUGCCACAUCACUGUCUGUUUCAGUAGCCUACUCUCUGUAAAGCAAAGUUAUUGUGAGAUCUUAACCUAUUUUUGUUUUUUUGCUCCUGUUGAGGUCGGCUUCGUUUAACAUUAGCUUCAUCCUUCUCGCUGGCCCCCGGCCUGUGCCACAAGAGGGCAAAGUUAGCUGUUUGAGAGCGUGGUGAAUGUGCUGCUUAAAAGGAAAAUCUGGGGAGGAAAAUCCAGGGGACGCAGGCGAACAUAACGAACAAACCACUGUUCCUGAUUCCACUCGUUCGCAAAGAAGCCGACGUGAUUUAAAAACAGCCAGAUCAAGAAUGUAAGCGUUCUGAAUAUUGCUUUCAGCAUUGAUCAAAGCUCAGAUGUUGACCCAUAAUAGAUUAUUUUUAUUAGAAAGAAAAUGAGAGGUCCGGACCGCUGUGCAGUUACGGCCCUGGUUACAGUGACUGACCACACACACACACACACGAUGCCUCCUGUUGCAGUGACUGACCACACACACACACACGAUGCCCCCUGUUGCAGUGACUGACCACACACACACACACACGAUGCCCCCUGUUGCAGUGACUUACCACACACGAUGCCCCCCCCCCCCCCAAGGUGCAACAUACACACACCUCUGCCAGCCCCUAACUUCCCUGGUUACGCACCGCUGGACCCCUCCCAUUGCCAAGCAUGUAGGCUGGCUGUAGUUAGGGAGAGAUUGCAGGGGAGUGAGGGUCUAUCUGUUUUCAGGAUAUGCCAGUAAGGCACAAGUAAGGUCAAAUACGUUGUCUAAUAUGUUGCUUGGAAUCCGUGCGCCAUUUAACAGAGGAGUGAUCAAUUUACCAUCCUAACUGAAAGACUGCUGUAGGUUUUCCUCUUUAAUUUUCUUUCAUUUCAGUAUUUUGACUCGUGUGCCAUGCCUUUAAAAAAAUAUAUAUAUCCCUAUCCCUAAAAAAAAAAAAUGUACCCUCCUGUCUCCCUUCUGAAAGGCUGGAAGCAGUGAGUUCUGCUAGAGUACUGUUGUGUAUUUUUCUGUGCAAUCUCUAUCAGCCUUUUAUAUAGCUAACCCACUCUAUGGGUGUAGGUGGGAGGAAUGGGGGGGGCAGAGGGAGAUGAUGUUUGUGGCACUAUCGAUUGCGUGACUGGAGUGUUCAUUUUAUUCGCUCGCCUGAUUAUUCCCUCGCUUCCUUCCCCCUCUUUCCCUUCCCUCUUUUUCUAGAUCCCUUAGUCAUUUGAUAUGAUGACUGAACCAAAAUGUCAGUGAGAAGAAAAGAAAAAAAGAGCUUGACGCUUGUUAGGAAAGGGGGGGAGGGGGGGGGUUAGAAGGGCUCAAAAGUAUCAUGGUACGUCUUGUCGGUGUGUUAACUAAUGUAUGAAGAUGAUGAUGAUAUAUUUGUUGGUGCAGAAUAAUGGACUGUGGAAAAGGUUGACACCCACCCGAGUGUUAAAAAAAAAAAAAAACUUUCAACAACACGUCAGAUCCCAUUUGGUACAACCAAUGUCUUAUAUGGUACUCUUGCGGUGCACAGAACCUACUGUUACUGUAUGUUAUGGAAACUGAACCGUUACUAUACCUACCCAAGGCUGAAACCAUAGAACUAGAAUCCUCAUCAUUCUAAUUCUGUGGUUGAAACACAUUUUAAAGGCUGUACUACGAUUUCAUUUAGUUUUUUGGUUACGCUGCAGCGCUUUUCCGCUAUUAGAUUUGAACAAUACAAAAACUUUAUUUGGCAAGACUUUCUGUGAUUUAAGAAGUCUUACUUUAAUCAAUUAAAUAAAUCAAAAAAAAGGCUUGAUUAUCAAUACUCAUAUCAGCCUUGUUCUGUACUAUUUGGUGGAUGAUGAUUCUACUUUGUUCUGUUGAUCUAUUAUAGGCCAAUAUGGUCGGAUCCCACACUUCUUACACUCGAUGUAUUGGACAUGCAUUCUCAGUAGUGUGCUACUAGGUGUGCAUACUAAGUAGUAUGCUAGUGUGGAUGUUGGGACAGAGCCGUAGAGUUUUGAGUAAACAAUAAUAACAAACCUUUUUUAGGAAAUAAUGGGGAAUAUUCUAAUAACUACAUAAUAUAUUACAGAGGAACUACACGGUACUGCAUAAAUAAAUGUGCAACAGUAUUUUUAUUUUUGUUUAUCUACUUCAUAGAAAGAGCAGAAGUUAAAUCUCCAUAGUUUUUUUGGGUGUUGUGUUGAUACAUUUGAACACUUAAAGAAGGGGUUUAAAAUAAUUUUUAAGCUAAACGGAGACAGUGAGAGAAACUUGUUUUCAAGAGUAUGACGAUGUAGACACUUGGCAGUUUUGUAAAAAAAAAAAAACAGAAAAAUAAAAAAUUACCUCUGCCUGAUGUUUUUGUAACUUACUAUUUUAUUUGCUGCUGUGUAGUAUUACAAAAUAACCAGUUUGAAUGCUGUUGAUCUGAUGGCAACCAUGACGAUGUCAUUUUCAUUGCUACCUGUGUUUUCUUUCAGAAUUGAAUGGCAUUGUCAUUUAGCUUUAUGGAACAGACAGUUCUUCAUACGGUGGAGGUGUUAAUCCUCAUGUGCAUUAUAUUUCUCUGCAACGUAUGUCCUUAAGGGGGGAAAAAGGUGUUAAAACAACAAAAAAGAAGAGAAAUUAUUUAAAUAUGAUAGUAUUUUUUUCAUGUUAAUUGCGCCUCUUUUUUUUUCUCACUUCAUGGGAGAUGAGGUGAAGUCCUAGUGGAGGAAUUUGAAGCACAGUGUUUAUAUUUAUCCAAUUUUUUUUGCUUUCAAUAGAGCUAUUGCAAUAAAAGUGUUAAUGUACAUCUUA